AUGGAAAGAGUAGCGAUAGAGACCGUAGACGAAUGGCAAGAGGAGACUUUCAACGGGUCUUCUCUAUUUCACGCCAAUGACUCUGGACUCAACUGGUACGUGGCGAAUGCUAGUGCCAAUCCACCAAUGCUCAGACGUGUCUUCGACACGUUGAUGCAGUCUGGCAGUCCAACAGUUGUUAAUGAUCAACAUUCUUCAAGUUUUUCAAUAUCAUAUUUGAGAAACGUGGCAAACAUUCUGCCACAUCUACAAUCUGGAUUCUCUGGUCAUGUAUCGAAAUCUGUAUCUGUCAGUCAAGAACAAUAUACCUUCGUUAAUCUCUUAAGAAUGGCCAAAUCUUAUAAAAUGGGGUCCUUUAUGGUGAAGUUACGAAAACGGCUCUUCUCUUUACCAGACUUACCCAGCAUGGACGCGGGCACUACGGGCAAACCGACCCAGCUUCCAUUUCAGAUGCCCGCUUACCAGCAGGCACUGUGGGUCCUAGCGUUUGGCAUCAUGAUCCUCGGGGCAUGUGUGGGCAACGUGGUCGUCAUACGAAUUGUUCUGGGAAACCAGCGCAUGCGCACGACGACCAACUACUUCCUGGUGAAUCUCUCUGUGGCGGACCUAUUCAUGACGCUGUUCAACUGCGUCUUUAACUUCGUGUUCAUGCUCAAAAGCCACUGGGCCUUCGGGAGCGUUUAUUGCACUAUAUCCCAAUUCGUCGCUCACGCUUCGCUGGCUGCCUCUGUUUUCACGUUGGCCGUUAUCUCCUUCGACAGAUUCCUCAACGUGAUGCGCCCUUUGAAGCCGAGGAUGUCCAAGUGCGUCUGCAGGAUGCUGCUCUGCAUCAUCUGGGUCGUGGCAGCUUCCAUAGCUGCUCCAAUCUUGCCCUACGCCACCACUAUUCACACUCUGCGAGGGGAGAGAACGAUAUGCGUCAUAAAGUGGCCGGACGGUCUAGCACCUCUCUCGCUAAUAGACUACGCGUAUAACGUCGUCAUUCUGGCUGUGACAUACGUCGUUCCAAUGACUGCCAUGAUCAUCUGCUAUGCCGUCAUUGGAUGUAAGCUAUGCGACCCGGCCGCCGACAAAAUGUCCAGACAAACGGAUAACUUCAAAAGCAAAAGAAAGGUCGUGCAAAUGCUGGCGCUCCUGGUGGGGCUCUUUGCCUUGUGCUGGCUGCCGUACCACGUGUACUUCAUUGUCGUGCACCACCACCCCCAGCUGAGCACGAGGCCCUACGUGCAGCAUAUGUAUCUGGCCUUCUAUUGGUUGGCGAUGUCCAACGCCAUGUUCAACCCCAUCAUCUAUUAUCUCCUGAAUGCGAGAUUCAGGUACUUCUUCUGGCAGCUGUUAGCUGGAACCAAGGCGUCCUGGAAGAACUGCCUGGGAAAAAAUCACAUCAACUCUUCGGUGCUUUCGCUUGAUGCGUGUUUAGUACAACCCCAUUGGGAUGAUCGUAAAAACAUAAACAAAAGACUACCUAUGAAAGAUCAGGAUCCUCUGGUUAAGAAAGCAUUGGAUAUGGCCACUAAGGAUAAAAGUAGUAGAGGAUUGUUUGCUCCCAUAAUUGUACGAGCCAAAGUUCUUAUGCAAAAGAUCUGGAAACUAUCUAAAAGGUGGGAUGAUGUUUUGCCACCAGAACUUCAAGAAGAGUGGUCGAAGAUCAAGAAAGACCUCGAGAACGUAUCAUACCAGGAAUUCCACGCUUCACAGCCAACAGAGGGACCAACUACUCUCUUCACGUAUUCUGUGAUGCUAGUGAGAAGGCCUAUGGGGCUGCAGCCUAUUUGA